GUGCGCGCUUUCCGCCUGAUGGGAGUUGUAGUUCUGAGGGUGAAGCUCGGCGUUACUAUCAAGCAACCAAACUGCAAGCUUUGGGAGUUGUUCGCUGUCCCUGCCCUGCUCUGCUAGGGAGAGAACGCCAGAGGGAGGCGGCUGGCCCGGCGGCAGGCUCUCAGAACAGCUGCCGGCGAUGCUACUGCUGUGGGUGUCGGUGGUCGCAUCCUCGGCGCUGGCGGUACUGGCCCCCGGAGCAGGGCAGCAGAGGCGGGGAGCAGCCAAAGCGCCCAAUGUGGUGCUGGUCGUGAGCGACUCCUUCGAUGGAAGGUUAACAUUUCAUCCAGGAAGUCGGGUAGUGAAACUUCCUUUUAUCAACUUUAUGAAGGCACGUGGGACUUCCUUUCUGAAUGCCUACACAAACUCUCCAAUUUGUUGCCCAUCACGCGCAGCAAUGUGGAGUGGCCUCUUCACUCACUUAACAGAAUCUUGGAAUAAUUUUAAGGGUCUGGAUCCAAAUUAUACAACAUGGAUGGAUGUCAUGGAGAGGCAUGGCUACCGAACACAGAAAUUUGGGAAACUGGACUAUGCUUCAGGACAUCACUCCAUUAGUAAUCGUGUGGAAGCGUGGACAAGAGAUGUUGCUUUCUUACUCAGACAAGAAGGCAAGCCCAUGGUUAAUCUUAUCCAUAACAGGACUAAAGUCAGAGUGAUGGAAAGGGAUUGGCAGAAUACAGACAAAGCAAUAAAUUGGCUAAGAAAGGAAGCAAUUAAUUACAGUGAACCAUUUGUUCUUUAUUUGGGAUUAAAUUUACCGCACCCUUACCCUUCACCAUCUUCUGGAGAAAAUUUUGGCUCUUCAACAUUUCACACAUCUCUUUAUUGGCUUGAAAAAGUGUCUCAUGAUGCCAUCAAAAUCCCAAAGUGGUCACCUUUGUCAGAAAUGCACCCUGUAGAUUAUUACUCUUCUUAUACAAAAAACUGCACUGGAAGAUUUACAAAAAAAGAAAUUAAGAAUAUUAGAGCAUUUUAUUAUGCUAUGUGUGCUGAGACAGAUGCUAUGCUUGGUGAAAUUAUUUUGGCCCUUCAUCAAUUAGAUCUUCUUCAGAAAACUAUUGUCAUAUACUCCUCAGACCAUGGAGAGCUGGCCAUGGAACAUCGACAGUUUUAUAAAAUGAGCAUGUACGAGGCUAGUGCGCAUGUUCCGCUUCUGAUGAUGGGACCGGGAAUUAAAGCCGGCCUACAAGUAUCAAAUGUGGUUUCUCUUGUGGAUAUUUACCCUACCAUGCUUGAUAUUGCUGGAAUUCCUCUGCCUCAGAACCUGAGUGGAUACUCUUUGUUGCCAUUAUCAUCAGAAACAUUUAAGAAUGAACAUAAAGUCAAAAACCUGCAUCCACCCUGGAUUCUGAGUGAAUUCCAUGGAUGUAAUGUGAAUGCCUCCACCUACAUGCUUCGAACUAACCACUGGAAAUAUAUAGCCUAUUCGGAUGGCGCUUCAAUAUUGCCUCAACUCUUUGAUCUUUCCUCGGAUCCAGAUGAAUUAACAAAUGUUGCUGUAAAAUUUCCAGAAAUUACUUAUUCUUUGGAUCAGAAGCUUCGUUCCAUUAUAAACUACCCUAAAGUUUCUGCUUCUGUCCACCAGUAUAAUAAAGAGCAGUUUAUCAAGUGGAAACAAAGUAUAGGACAGAAUUAUUCAAACGUUAUAGCAAAUCUUAGGUGGCAUCAAGACUGGCAGAAGGAACCAAGGAAGUAUGAAAGUGCAAUCGAUCAGUGGCUUAAAACCCAUAUGAAUCCAAGAGCAGUUUGAAAAAAAAGUUUAAAAAUAAUGUUCUAGAGAUACAUAUAAAUAUAUUACAAGAUCAUAAUUAUGUAUUUUAAAUGAAACAGUGUUAAUAAUUACCAAGUUUUGGCCGGGCUCAAUGGCUCACACCUGUAAUCUCAGGACUUUGGGAGGCUGAGGCAGGCAGAUCACAAGGUCAAGAGAUCGAGACCAUCCUGGCCAACAUGGUGAAACCCCAUCUCUACUAAAAAUACAAAAAUUAGCUGGGCAUGGUGGCACACGCCUGUAGUCUCAGCUACUCGGGAGGCUGAGGCAGGAGGAUCGCUUGAACCUGGGAGGCAGUGGUUGCAGUGAGCUGAGAUCCCGCCACUGUAUUCCAGCCUGGCAACAGAGUGAGACUCCAUCUCGAAAAAAUAAAUAAAAAUAAAAUAAUAAUAAUAAUUUCCAAUUUUUCAUUACUUUGUAAGAAUGUAGUGUAUUUUAAGAUAAAAUGCCAAUGAUUAUAAAAUCACAUAUUUUCAAAAAUGGUUAUUAUUUAGACCUUUGUAUAAUUUCUAACAAUUUAGUGGAAGUAUCGAAAGGAUUGAAGCAAAUACUGUAACAGUUAUGUUCCUUUAAAUAAUAGAGAAUAUAAAAUAUUGUAAUAAUAAUAAUACAUGUCAUAAAAUAGUUGUAUGUGAGCA